GUCAUUUAUUUGUCUUGAUAUGUCAUUUUAGUUUUUAUUUUAUUUAAAAAUGGCGGACGAUGCUUCAAGCAGUAGCGGUUGCGCCGGCAAUUUAAUAGAUAACUCAAUAAAUCAAGAUGAGUUGAUUAUGAAACAACAACGGGAGAUAGAGAAAGAGAUAUCUGAAACGAUACCGCUUGUAGGCGAACUUGAAGCAUUGUCGUCGCUAGAAAAAGAAUAUAAUGAGGAUCCCGUGUACCUGUUAAAAGUAAAAGAUUUGUCGUCUAAAUAUAAGUAUAUUAGGAGAACACGGCCGGACGGCAACUGUUUCUUCCGAGCGUUCUCAUACGCGUAUUUAGAACACCUACUGACGGAUAAGAGUGAAUUUGAUAAGUUUUAUGAAAUAGCGAAAAAUUCUAAGGAAAUUCUUGUCGCCUUAGGUUUUUCACAGUUCACAGUGGAAGAUUUUUAUGAAACGUUUAUGGAAGUUGUGCAGCGGGUGGGGGAACAAGCAGGAGGGUCCCAAGAUUCUCUGGAAUCAGUUAGGGCUGAGUUGCAUGAUAAGUUCAAUAAACAAGGCUAUUCUGACUAUAUAGUGGUGUACUUGCGUCUUGUCACAUCGGGACAGCUGCAGACAGAGAAUGAUUUCUAUCAGAAUUUCAUUGAGGGACCACGCACUGUAACUGAGUUCUGCAGACAGGAAGUAGAACCGAUGUACAAGGAGUCAGACCAUAUCCAUAUAAUAGCACUGAGCAAUGCAUUGAAUGUUGGGGUAAGAGUGAAAUACAUGGAUCGCGGCGAGGGAAGUCAGGUUAGUAAGGUACACAUCACAUUGCAUUAUAAAUAUACAUUGUUUUACUAGAUCACUGUUUCUUAAACAAAGGAAUUGCAACUUGCUAAGUCAGAUUGAGCUAGAUGAUCAACUCUACUGGCAGAUUAAUCCCACUAAUGAAAAGUAUGUAAUAUCUUUUAUUCAUGUAUUUCAAUGUAAGUUUACUGGGUUAAUAAAUUAAUAAUACAUAUGCUUUGCAGGUCAUAGCUCACGACUUUCCCGAGGGUUCGAAGCCACUGGUGCACUUACUCUAUCGCCCUGGACACUACGAUAUACUGUACGCGUGAUCAUGAUAGCACCUCCAAUAACCUCUUACGAUAAUAAAGUUAAUUAUCUUACAUACAAA